AAGGAAAUGACGAGGAGGAAGCGCUGGCGUUGGGCCGGGCGCUGCAAGGACUCGCGGUUCCCCAGCGCCCAGCGCUGCCCCGGACCCCAGUCCCAGCGCCCAAGAGUUGCCGGAGUCCACCGGCUCCGAGCGCCCAGGGAGGUGUGCCCGCCACCCGGCCCCCCACGGCUGCUACCUACCCGCUAGCGAUGCCCAUCCCGCACCUACACUCCAUGCUGGAGUUCGUCCCGUUCCUGCUGAUCCUGGUCUUCAUCUACACGCAGCAGCCCGACCCCGACUCCAAGAGCGUCUGAGCCGCCUCCCGGGCCCGGGGCGCCCGGCGCCGCCGACAGAUCCCUUCUGUCUCAUGACCCCAAGCCCACAACCAUGGAAAACUCAUCCGCCGAGGAUUACAAGAUCCAGUCAUUCGAUGCUGACACACAGUGGCUGUUGAAGAUGGCACUGAAAGAACCGGCUUCAGUAGACUUGGAGAAAGUGGCCUCUGUGAUCGUCGAGCAGUCCAUGAAGGACCUGGUGUUCAGCAAGGAAGCCGGCCGCAUCUGCUACACCAUUGUCCAGGCUGAGAGCAAGCAUGGCGGAAACAGUAACUUCCGCCGGUACAUCCUGAAUCGGCUGCAGCAGGAGUUCCUGGCCAAGGAGCAGGUGCGGGAUCGCUCGGUCAAUGCCUGGGUCUGCCUGGUCACCUUCAUCUGCAACGUGUUUGAUUACCUGAAGGUGAAUAACAUGCCCAUGAUGGCGCUGGUUAACCCCGUGUAUGACUGCCUGGUGCGCCUUGCCCAACCCGACGCUCUGCAGAAUGAAGAGGAGGUCGACUGCCUGGUGAUACAGUUGCAUCGCAUCGGGGAGCAGCUGCAGCGGACCAGCACCCAGCGCAUGGACGAGCUCUUCUGCCUUCUGCGAGACGGCUUCCUGCUCCAGGACCGGCCCACCUCGCUGUCGCGGCUCCUGCUGCUGGAGAUCAUCGAGUUCCGGGCGGGAAACUGGAAGAUGUCGGACAGUGCCCAGAAGUAUUACUACAGCGAGGUGGCGGACUGACAGCCACCAGGGGCGGAUCAAAGCCUGGACUCCAGGCGGACUUUCAGCAACAAGAGAUGCUGAGCUUGCGGUGAUUCACCAGGCGAGGGAGCUGUUGAUCCAAAUUCCCACGCGAGCAUUUAACUCUUUUUGAUAACACAUUUUAACACUUAACUGAACAUUGAGUGGUUGUGGAUGUAGGCUACGUUUUGCUCAGCUGCUGAUAGUCAAGCUUCUCCCUGUUUCUGCCCACUGCUUGUGGCGGUCUGAUGCAUUGCUGCUACUCACCCAUGCAGGGUGCAUUGCAUCUGCCCAGUCCUAUUGCAUUGCAUUACAUCCUGGUGCAUUGCAUCUACCCAGUCCCGUUGCAAGCGGUGUCGAUCUGAACCUGAUUGUUGGGUUUAGAGUCAUGUAUUAAAGGGCCUGUCCCACUUAGGAGACCUAAACAGCAACCUCUGGUGACCUUGCCCGCCACCCGAAAAAAAUCAAGGUCGAGGUGACCUGCAACCUCCUACCACCUCCCACGCAUGCGUUGAAAACCUUCCUUCAACUAUGAAGAAAACCUCCUUCAACCUACAGCGACCUCCUUCGACAUUGUUGAAAACUGGCUUUGACCUUGCACGUUUUACUCAAGGAUGGUCUCUGUUACAUUGGUCCGCGAUUGAACAGCGCCCCCUUCGACCUCAAACAACCAAACUGAAAACCAACAAUGACCAGCGUCGACUGGUUACAGCUCGGAUGUCAUGAAUGCACGAGCUAUAUCUGUGGUGCAGGAGGCAAUGAUAAAAUGAUGUCAUGAAUGCAUUUUUUUUCUUACAAUAAAAGCCUCCCAGAUUAAAAAAAAAAAUCAUUCUGAACCAUGUGAGCAGCGAAGGGACUAGUUGGGUGGAUGUUACAAAAAGUACGUCUACUGCUGGCAGCAGCCCUUUUGCUUCAUCAGCCUUUCAAGAAAGGCAGAAGGGAAAGCACAAGGGUGAAGAGGAAACACAAGAAGAGGUGUCAGUGGGUGAAGCGGAGAAGAUUGAGGCUUGGACAGUAUGAUAAUCUGAUGAAUGUGCUGCAAGAGGAUUUGUCUGCAUUUAAAAACUUUAUACGAAUCUCCCCUGAACUGUGAUUGAGAACGGCCAGGAGUGACAGAGGUCACAUGCUUAUGAUUAUAUUGACCUUUUUUUCAACCAAUUUAAUUUCCACCCCGAGUUAUUACCUUUGACGAGCAUCACUACCGGCUUCGACUAGACCUGCGACUAAAAAAUUAUCGAUUUUUUAAAACGGCAACCUAUUUUUAGUCGAGGCCAGUCAUGAUUAAUCAUGAUGAAAAAAUAGCAGCAACCUAGAUAAAGCCUCAACCACGAGGAAACCACUUUCAACUAUUAGGAAGAGUGUCCAAAACCUCCUGUGACCUCGUGAAAACCCUGGGUGGCGGGCAAGGUCACCAGAGGUUGCUGUUUAGGUCUCCUAAGUGGGACAGGCCCUUAAGGCAGACCGGGGUAAGGCAACAGAUUCACUCUGUGUGAGCGGCCAGGAUAAGAUAUUGCAGGGGGGUGAGAUACUGGCCCGCAAAGCCGGCUAUGGGAACGGAUCUGACGGCUCUGGCCGGGUCCAAGUCCCCGAACCCCGGCUCCAGGCAGCAAAUUUCCCCGCCAAUCACGAUGAGGUUGAGAUCGGCCGCCACAUUCGGCCAAGAUGCCACAUUUUCGGGGGGGCCUCCGGGGGUGGGGGAUUUCAAGUGCGCUCUCAUAAUUGUAUCUGGAUUAAAGGAUGUGCUGGACCACCAGUUGCCGGAACAUCGGUGGUGGACCUGUACACAGAAGCAGCAUAACCAGCGCAGCCGGAAGACCCCAAGUGCCUGGUUCUCUCUGUCACCGCUCCUAUUUCCUCUCCUGCUAAGGGCCUUCAUUGCCUCCUGCACCACAGAUAUAGCCCGUACAACUCUCACCUGCCCUCUUCUGCUGUCGCCUGGUCUCUACAUGGUCUGCUCACAAAAAGCCUGGAGCCCAGAAAUUGCUUUCUGACCAGGACUUGAAGACAGGAGUUGGGGCUCUAUCAGUCCGAAUAAUUCACAGCGACAGAGAGCAGGACUCCUUCCCACCUGACCCUGCUGAUGUUUCAAUGAUUCAAUCAUACUUUAUUGUCACAUGCACCAUUUCAAAGCAUGAAAUGCUUUGUUUUGCAUACAACCCGGUAAAAUCAAACAGCAGAUCUCACCUAGACAGUACACAAGAGUCACCAGGUUUCUGCCGCCGACAAAGUUGCAAAAAGUUCAUUGAACUAAAUCUUAGCUUUAAGGGCCUGUCCCACUUAGGCGACUGUCAUUGUCUUAGCAGGUCGUCGAAAAACCGGCAACUGGACCCCCUCCCCCCCCACCAUGACAAUGCUUACGACAAGCUACGACAACCUAUGACCACACAGGCAACAACCAAAGUCAACCUACGACAAGCAACGACCCUGUCGGUGACAACUGUAGACAAUUCUGUCGCCGGUUGACAUAGGCAGUCGCCAACGGAAUUCACCAAAGCCAGCACCCGGCGACAACCAACGUCACCUGCCGACAACCUGUGUCAUCCUGGCGAUAAACUACGACACCACCUACGACAGGAGACGAGCUACGUCACGACCAUACAGGCGUCGCCCUGCUACCAUGUGGCGAAAGCUUAGUCGCCGAAAAAAUCACCUAAGUGGGACGGGCUUAAGUUACACAUGACCAGUUUUAUGAUGCUUUGUUUAAAUAAAAGAGAUGGUUUCACCU